AUGCCUGGUUUUAAAACACAACAUCCGUUUCACUCUCAUUGCUAUCCGCUUUUCAAGCCCACCGCCCAGUGGCAAACGUGUGGAUCAUUGUGGAAGAUUGCCCUGCAGGCACACCAUGCCUCAGUGGCAGACAGGCUCAGCUAUAUUGAGCAAUUGGUUGGCGAUUCCUUUGAUCGCCAUUCCAAAGAGAUCCAGUCGUCGCAUUCCCGAUUGGAAAGUCUGCACAACCGCCUGGCAGCCUGUGAAUCGCAGGCUAACCAGAAUUCGCUGCGUGAGAGAGUCGACUUUCUUGAGCAACUGCUGGGAGAGUCUUCGCAAAAGCAUGCUGAGGGGUUACAAGCGGCACACUCCAACUGGGAGCGCAUUCACGGCAGCUUCCAGGAGCAGAUUUCCUCCAGGAUGGAAAAGCUGCACGGAAGCAUUCAGGAGAGACUGGAGCUCUUGGAGAAGCAGUUUGCGCAGGCAGAUGAGCGCCGCACAAAAGACUGGGAGGCGCGAUUGACGAGCAUGGACCAGCAGAUCUCUGAAUCUGUUGCUGUGCACGGGCGCAAGUUGGAGCAGGUUCAGAACCAUGUGGACCAAGCACAUCAGAAACUCGCGCACCACCAGAGCUCGCUCCAGGAACAUAGGGAGCUGGCAGAAAGAGUGCAUGGCCUGGAGGCGUUAAGAAGCCAUUCUGAGCAGGCACAUUCAAGGUUGGACCAACUUCACGGCCGCAUGGUUACACUGGAGGCACAAGGUGGCACCAUCGAGAGCUUGAAGCAGAAUCACGCCGUGUGGGCAAACGAGAAGGCCAAGCGUGAUGCGCAUCAUGCUUCGAUGGCUGAGCGGUUGGACUACAUAGAAAAGCUGCUGGGCGACUCGGCCGACCGACACAGCCAAGAAUUGAAGGUCGCCCACCAGAAGCUGGAGCAGAUGCAUGGCCGUCUUUCUGCGUGCGAACGGUCAGCCUGGCUGACCAGCAUGCUGCUCUCCACGCUCAUCAUGCAACGACGCAGCAACAAGUAUGAUGAUGACGGGGAUCGGGGAGCGCUUGUAGCAGAAGAGAUGGGAGCAAGCGGUGACCCAUCCUUCGUCCAGUGGCUGCUCGCAAGCUCUGCCGUCCUGGUAAAGGGGGAGCGCGUCGACUAUUUGGAAAGCGCGAUAGGUGACUCAGCGGACAAGCAUGCCAGAGAGCUAGAAAGCUUGAAGACUGCGCACAGCCGGCUUCAAACCGAGGCGAACCAUGUCAAUGUCGGAGAACGACUUUCGUUCUUGGAGAAGGCCAUUGGAGAUUCUGCAGAGAGACACAGCCAGGAGCUCGCUGCAGCUCAUUCCAAGCUCGCCAGCAUGCAUGCGCGUCUUUCUGCAUGCGAAGCGACAGGAUCGACAGUUGAUGGACUGAAGAAAGCCCAUGCGAGCUUGGUGGCCGACAAGACAGCCCGCGACGCGCAUCAUGCCUCCUUCGCAGAGCGGCUGGAUUACUUGGAGAGGACUUUUGGAGACUCUGCAGACAUGCAUGCUAAGCAGCUCAAGGCGGCUCACGACAAGAUCGAGAAGAUCCACGCGCGAGUUGCCAGCUGUGAGGAUACCGGCUCCGUUGUGGCAGACUUGCACAAGUCACACCAUCAGGUUAGCCAAGAGCAUCGUGAUAAGCUUUCCACCCUGCACUCCUCCGUCAGCGAGAGGCUAAGCUAUCUGGAAGGCUUGAUGGGUGAGUCCGCUGACAUGCAUGCCAGAGAGCUGGAAGCCCUGAAAACUUCGCACUCACGCAUGGCCUCCGAAGCAAAAGCUAGAGAUGCACACCAUACGACCGUCUCGGAGCGUUUGGACUUCAUCGAGAAGCUUCUGGGCGACUCAGCUGAUAAACACGCCCAAGAAAUCAAAGCGGCCCACAGCAAGAUCGAUCAGGUGCACCAAAGAGUUGCUGGCGCGCAGCACGAGGACACCCUUCGCACUCUCCUGCACUCGGAGAAGGAGGCGAGGCAAAAACAUGUGGCUACUUUGGAAGAGCGGCUGGGACGAUUGGAAACUGCUAUGGGCGACACUCACAGUAAACAUUCGCUGGAGAUCGAGGCAACCAAGGCAGCGCAUCAGAGGUUGAGCAAAGAACAGAAGCUCCGCGACGACAAGCACGCCUCCAUUGCAGAAAGGCUUGAAUAUUUGGAAGCAAAGAUCGGCGAUUCUUUCGAUCAACAUGAACGUGAAUUGAAGGCAGCCCAUUCAAAGUUAGAGCAAGUGCAUACACGGCUAAGUCAGUGUGAGAAGCAUGGUGCUAACAUCUCUGAACUCCACAGAUCCCAUAGCACCAGCUCUCAAGAGCACAAGGCUGCUCUCGCUGCCCACAGUGCUUCUCUGGGUGAGCGCUUAGACUUCCUUGAGAAAAGCUUGGGCCAGUCUGCCGAGAAGCACGCCAAGGAAGUUGAUGCCUUGAAAGCCUCACACUCAAGGAUUACCACGGAAACGAAGCUUCGAGACGCUCAUCACGCUACAGUGUCGGAAAGACUGGAGUACAUCGAGAAAAUGAUCGGAGAUUCUGCCGACAAGCAUGCGAAAGAGUUGUCCGCAGCCCAUGAGAAGAUCCAAGACAUGCACAAGCGCGUGGCCGAUUGUGAGGCGCGCGGAAGCCAUGUGGAGGCCGUUCGCAAGGCGCAUGAUAAGAUGGCAAACGAUCAGGCAGCUCAUGCCUCCAAUCACGCCACCUUGAGAGAAAGAGUGGAUUUUCUGGAGAAAAAGGUUGGGGAUUCAGCUGAGCACCACAAGAAGGAGCUGCAAGCAACUAGGCAAUUUCAGGAACAACUGCAUUCUCGCCUGAACGAGGAAAGGCAGUUGCGGGAGCAGGCUCAUGAGCAGCUCCAGGGCGAGAAGGCAGCUCUUAACGGGCACAGAGAUGUUGAUGAAGUUCUGCAGAAGGAGCGAGGACAGCGUGAGCAGGCGCACGCCAUGCUCCACGACUUAGUGCACAAGGAAAAAGCUGCCCGCACGGCCAUUGAGGAGGUGCUCGCACAGGAGAAAGGCGAGAGGACGAAGCACCUAGCCCAUUUGGAUGAGAAGGUGGAUUCUCUCCAGAAGUCCAUGAGCAUAUUCGACAGCUUGGUGCGGAAGGCCAGAGAGAUUCUGGCAAGGCAAUGCAAUUCAGUUUUGGACCAGGAAAUCGAGGAGCGAACCAAAGAGUACAGACGUUUGUGGGACGCCAUUGUGGGAAGCUUGGAUUCCAAUAUUUACCCGCGCUACAUGGCAACUGGUGCAGUUGGUGCAGUCAGCUCAGUCUGGAACUCACUCAGUAGCUGCGACUGGUGCGGCUCAGUCGGCUUCAGUGGUGCGAAUGCCUCCUGCUGUGGCAAGCUUGGUUAUCAGGGUGCACUGGCCCCGAAGAGACAACUGAAGGAUCCAGAUGAUGCGGUGGAUGCCAACGAGCCGGAGAGAAAGCAAAAGAAGCAAAAGGAGGACGUCGCUGCCAAGUCCAACAAGGUAAAGUCACAGUUGGACAAGGACCCAGAGGUGAAAGGCCUAGACUACGUUUAUUUUGCUAGAUGCAGCGACAUAUCUGACAACAUGGCAAGCACACCAGGCAAACGGGGCGAUCAUAAGUUGGACAUGAGUGCCCUUGUGACGUUACAAGGCGCGGAGUUGCCCAAGGCAGGGCUGUACGUGUCCCUGCAUUCCUUAACUUGCAGUGUCUGA